AUGUCGUCGUAUUACAAUAGCACCAAGGAUGGCAGGCAGCAACUCACUGUCAGAUGUACCUGGGUGUCUUGGGCCAGUAGCCUGAGUACAGUACUUGAACCGGCUCUUAUUAAUAUUGCUGUUCUCUCCCGCACCAGAGCCUUUGCCCACACCACCCAGUUCUCUCAUCAAAUACACCGCCCCAUUCGGUUAAGCAGCCGAGCUGAUGCUGUGCGACCCGAGACAGAUCGGCACAUACAUAAUCUUCUCGACAGCCCUCUUCUCGGUAGGUUCUGGCAGAUGGAGGCGCGGGUAGCGGUACAUUAA